AUGGACAGAAUGAAUCAGUCGGUAGUAUCAGAGUUUGUGUUCCUUGGACUCACAAAUUCAUGGGAGAUCCAACUUCUCCUUUUCGCUUUCUCCUUUUUGUUCUACUUGGCAAGCAUGAUGGGAAACCUUGUCAUUGUGUUCACUGUAACCUUGGAUGCUCAUCUACAUUCCCCUAUGUAUUUCCUCCUGGCUAACCUCUCUGUCAUUGAUAUGUUGUUUUGCUCAAUUGCAGCCCCUAAAAUGAUUUGUGAUAUUUUUAAGAAGCACAAAUCCAUCUCUUUUUGUGGAUGUAUUAUCAUCUUCUUUAGUCAUGCUCUUGGGGGCACAGAGAUGGUGCUGCUUAUAGCUAUGGCCUUUGACAGAUAUGUGGCCAUAUGUAAGCCUCUGCACUACUUGAGCAUCAUGAGCCCAAAGAUGUGUCUAUUCUUUUUAGUAACUUCUUGGGUAAUUGGCCUCAUCCACUCAUUGGUUCAAUUAGUUUUUGUGGUAGAUUUGCCUUUUUGUGGCCCUAAUGUAUUGGAUAGUUUUUAUUGUGACCUUCCCCGGCUCCUCAGGCUUGCCUGCACAAACACUCAAGAAUUGGAGUUCAUGGUUACUGUAAAUAGUGGGCUCAUUUCUGUUGUCUCCUUUAUCCUGCUGGUCUUUUCAUAUGUCUUCAUUUUGUUUACUGUUUGGAAAUAUUCCUCUGGUGGCUCAUCCAAGGCUGUCUCCCUCUCCACACUGUCGGCUCAUAUCACUGUGGUGGUUUUGUUCUUUGGGCCACUGAUAUUUUUCUAUACAUGGCCUUCUCCCACAUCACACCUGGAUAAGUAUCUUGCUAUUUUUGAUGCAGUUAUCACUCCUUUUCUGAAUCCAGUCAUCUACACAUUUAGGAACAAAGAGAUGAAAGUGGCAAUGAGGAGACUGUGUGGUCAUCUUGUGCGUUACAGGAAGAUUUCAUGA